AUGUCCGAAUCACCACCACUCGAAUAUACCGGAGAGCACCAGGCAAUGGGUGCGACGGCUCCCAACAACCAGGGAAUCAAAGGCGAGAUGAAGGCGGAUAGCCAACAACGCGCAGAAUACUUUGGUCAAGGCGAAUCUUCGCAGCAUCAGUCGCAAGUCGGUGGAGAUAUCGACAAAGCAUCUGCUGCUGCUGGGGAAGCCGCUGAUCGUGCAGCGGCCAAGUAUAAAGAAGACAAGGAGCGCCGGUUCUAG